AAAGCGGGCACAUUGUUGGAGGCUGCACGUGUCGCGCACCAUUUCGCUGUCGUUGUCUGCAUGGCCGUUGUUGCUCGAUGCAUCCCGUCCACCCUGAUCUGUGCUGGCCGAGCCCCAGGCCACCAUGAGCGAUCCGCAGAGCCAGCCCCCGCCUUCCUUUCUCGACGCCGACAUCGACCUUGAUCAGGCCAUCGAUGCCCCGGGCGCCCAGCAGCCAGCCGAGCCGCUGCCGCCUCUCCGCAAGCCUGUGGCCAAGAUCGACCUGGAGCUACUCUUGGGAGAGAAUGGACUACCCAAGCUACGAAAGAUGGGCUCCAAGCUCAAGCUGGCCGGGAAGGGACAUGAGCUCGACGACUUUAGAAAGAUCAUGCGCAUGUAUCAGCUGUGGGGACACCACAUGCUUCCGGCCUACAAGUUCGACCGCAUCAUCAGCGAAGCUGAAAAGCACUGCCAUCGCCGCCCCUUGCGUGUGUGGCUCUCAAACACAAUCACAGAAGACCGCCGCCGUCGGCUCGGCAUCAUCUUUAGCAACGACCCAGACCAGCCGCCUCUGACCAAUGAGCAACUGGACGAACAGCCGGCAGAUCCCGAAGCCCUCGGAAAUGCUGCUGCUUCAUCCAGCAGCAGCAGCAGCGUGGCUCCUGCAAGCCAGGCCAUGAGCGAAGACGUGAUCGCACGGAUCGAGCAGAACCGGCGGCGGGCUCUCGUCAUUCUCGAAGAGAAGCGACUCCGACAGCAGGCUCAAGGGAGCUUGCCGUCGACAUCGGCGGCUGAUGCGUCAACGGAAGCCACACCAGGACCUGCAGCGUCGGCACAGCCCAGUCGCUCAAGCCCCAGAUCGUCAUUUGAUGGAUCCGACCCUGCUGCUGCGGCCGAUCCGGAAAAUAUCCGGCCAGACGAAGGCUUUGAGGACCACCACUGGGCUGAGAUGGAUCAAGACUGGGAGAGAAGCUUGGAAAUGGCCGAGGAAGACGAACGCCGCCGCUUAGAAAUGAGGUUUAUGGAGAUGGAGCAAAACGAAUUCUAAUGGCGGUCUCGCGAUAGGCAGCUGGAUUGCUUCGUCUUGUCCACCAUCCGUCUGCUGCCUCAGCGGACAAUACCUCGCCCUGCGGAUGUCUCGCAAGUACAUUGGACCCAUCGGCAACUAGCUCCCGCUCCAUGGCCAUUUUUGAUGCCGAGCUCAAUACAGCAUUCGCUCAUGA